AUGCGGCCCCUGCUGGGCAUGGUGCGUCGCCACCCCUGGGUGGCAAGCGUGGCCGCUUAUGGGACACUCUUUUCAGCGGCAGAUGUGGCCCAGCAGGUGUUGACCAGGCCGCGUCAGGCUCUCUCUGAGCCAGAAUAUUUGGAUCUGAAGCAGACAGGAAAAGUAGCGGUGGUAGGAUUCAGCUUCCAUGCCAACUUCAAUUACAUCUGGUUCCAGAGUCUGGAGCGCUUUUUCCCAGGAACAAAUGUGGCCAGAGUGAUAGUGAAAGUUGCUUGUGACCAGGCCAUAGCAGCGCCAAUCACCAUUGGAGCAUUUUAUGUUGGCCUGUCUCUCUUGGAUGGUGAAAGUGACGUUUUUGGGAAUCUACGGGAGAAGUUUUGGCCAACAUACAAGGCUGGUCUGGUCUGCUGGACUUUAUUCCAGGCAGUGAAUUUCACUCUUGUUCCACCCCUGCUGCGUACCACCUACGUGGGCGCCUGCUCUUUCCUGUGGACUGCUUUUCUCUGCUAUCUGCACCAAAACGACGCCCAGGAUACCACCGCCCGAAUCUUCCGGGCGCUGCCUGGCUUGUCAGGCCUCUUUCCAUCUACAGCAAACAAGAAGGGAGUAAGCUUGCCCUCCGAGAGAUAA